UUGAAUGGAAUUUAUGGUGUUUUUUUAUCACGUCGAAGAUUGUGCAUAAAAAACAGAGACAAAUGGCACUAUCUUCAGAAAAGCUAUUGAACUUGGUCAGAAUAGCAACUUUGAUGAAAACAAAUGUUUGUCAUAUCUUAUCAGCUGUGCAGAGCACAUAGAACGCAAGAAAAAUAUACUCCACUGGAGUGAUAUGUAAUUCAUUUAAACGAGAUUUAUUUAAAGUCACGGCUCUGAUUGCAGGCACGCAAUCUGUAUUUUGUCCGUUUUUUUUUCAAUUUUUCGUCAUUUUUCAUAAAAUUUUAAAUCAAAUUUGUCUAAAUCUAGUGAAAAUAUUCCAAUUGAAAAGGCGACUUUGAACGUAUCCAUUUUUAAAUCUAUUAUUCGCACUUAAUUUGUGAUGGAAACAAGAUCAAUUGAUGAUAUUCUGCAGGAAUUUUUGCCAAAAAAUGAAUUGAAAGAAGUAAAUCGAAUUUUGUAUGGCGAUCAAACGAAUUUAAGUUAUUUGGGCUCCGAAGAGCAAUUCAGUUACGAUAUUGAAAAAUAUCGUUUUACAGCAAUAACUAAAAAUGAACAAGUGCCACGAAUAACGAAGAUAGCCGCUAUUCAACAUUCAGUGGUUCUACCGACCGACCGACCCAUUCAAGAUCAAAAGCUGCAAAUCUUUAAAAAGAUUGAGCACAUGAUUGAGAAAUCAUCUGAGCUUGGUGCAAAUAUCGUCUGUUUGCCAGAAUGUUGGAAUAUGCCAUUCGGGUUUGUUACACGUGAAAAAAUGCCAUGGUGUGAGUACGCUGAAGAUUGUAACAAUGGUCCGUCGACAAUGUUUAUUAAACGGCUAGCUCAAAAACAUGCUAUCGUAAUCAUUUCGCCAAUUAUCGAACGGGACAAUGCAGACCUUUUAUGGAAUACAAGCGUUGUUGUAUCUGAAUGUGGCACUGUCUUGGGAACACAACGAAAGAAUCAUAUACCAACAAAUAAUGGUGAAUCGGACUAUUAUACGCAUGGAAUGAGUGGGCAACGCGUCUUUGAUACGAAAUUCGGUAAGAUCGGUGUGACCAUUUGUUUUGAUCGUCAUCAACCACAAAAUUGGCUCAUGUACGCCUUGAACGGAGCUGAAAUUGUUUUCAAUCCAGCAGCAACUAGUGCAACCGAUAGUUGGUGGCCGAUUGAAGCACGCAGUGCUGCUUUUGAUCAUAGCUACUAUGUGGUGGCUGUGAAUCGGGUCGGAAUUGAGAAGUUUCAUUUGGAAUCCGGUGCAGAAAAAAUAUUCAAACCAUUUGGUUCGACGUAUAUUUCAGGUCCAAAUGGAAGCAGAACUAAGAGUUUAUCAACCGUUCGCGAUGGCAUUUUAUACGCAGAAUUGGAUUUGGAUUUAUGCAAACAAAUGCGUGAAACACUUGGAUUGAAUCAAUCACGACGUCUUUUAUAUUAUAAAAACAAAUGGACUGAAGCAUCUUCAAAUAAAUUUUUACCACAAAUUAUUCAAAAAUUGCAAUGAAUAAUAAAUCAUAC